UUCGCGCAGCGCAACUUCAACACCAUCUCGAGCAUCUACGGGCUGACCGUGUACCCGAACCAGGUGCCCAUCAUCGUCAACGGCGGCGCGGCGGUGCCGCCGGGGCUCUUCAGCCAGGACGUGGUCGGCCGCGUCGACCCCGUCGGCGACUUUAUCGGCUUCGAGGCUUCCAUCGAGUACUUCUUCGCCCUGGCGCCCAUCCCCCAGCCCUCGGACCUCUUCGCUGCCAUCACUAGCUACAAGAUCACCGAGUUUUCGUCGGGCUGCCCCGGCGUUGCGUCUUCUGUUGUUUACCUCUACUGCAGCGUCGUCAACCCCGGCGCCCCCGACGAUGGCACGCCGCUGCCGCCCCUGAAGCAGGUAGCCUUCUGGAAAUUCGACGCCUCUGGCGCGGUGCUCAAGUACGACGCGUGGAUCCCGCGGCUCAACGCGUGGCUGGAGCAGACGGCCGGCGGCGUGUCGGUCACCGACCCGCAGUUCCAGGCCGGCACCAUCGCCGCGCUGUGCGACGCCACGCAGCAGCGCUGCCUCGGCCCGGACAAUGUGCAGUGGAACAGCACCGCGCAGUGCGUCGCCGCGCUGGCGCAGAAGCCGUUUGGUAAUUACGACGAAGCGCGCGGCGAUAAUGUCGUCUGCCGCGCGAUUCACAUCAUUCUCACCGUCGGGAAUCCGGAGACUCACUGCCCGCACGUCGGGCCCACAGGCGGCGGCGCAUGCAUCGACGUUCCCUACGGACACGUUUUCGAAGACGAGGACGUGUACAGCGAUCCCAUCGGCGAGACGUUUGUGUGCAAGUGACCCUAGGCGCUGGGUGUUUUGGGCUGUGUCGGAAGAAGGGAGCUCGCGGAGCUGCUGUCAUCAUUAACUGUAGACCUACCUACUACCUCUGUAUAUGCUAGACGUCUUUCCUG